GGUCAUCGUUACUCUCUUGUUGCGUGCUCAGGCAUACAUGCAUCUGCUACAGAGCUGUGAAUACAUGUGCAGUAUUUAGUAUAAUGGAUAGAAUACUUUUAAACGUCAGUAUUAUACUGACGAUUUGUUUUUUCGGGCUUAGUCAAUCUUUUGACGGUGAUUGUGCAUUACAUUUAACUGGACCAGGAAGAACUAGCUUUUUUGACUUUAACAGUAAUACACUGAGAGGAGGACCGCACGGAUUCGGUCAACCUGGUCAAUGCAUCACUUAUGAAGCGAUCAAUCAAGCUUACAUAGAUGCCAGGAAACGUAUUAACGUCGUGUCGGACAACAAAGAAAAAUACACUGCCGAAGAAAUAGCUUCCGUUGGCGAACUGCUUUUAGACAUUUCCAUUCAACUAACAAAAAACUACGGACUUUCGUAUGAAGAAGUGGAAAAAGGCUUGCCCCAAAUCGACACCUCGCGCACCCUGAUCAAAGAGAUAUGUCCCGCUUUCUUGUCCAACGUCGAGUGCAGACCCGGCAAGUAUAGAAGAUAUGACGGGCUAUGCAAUAACGUGAAACACCCUACGUGGGGCGCCACUAACACGCCGUUCUCCAGGCUGGUCGGUCCGCUCUUUUCCGACGGCAUGAGCGCGCCAAAAGUCAGCAUGCUUAGCAGUAAGCGACUGCCGCCUGCCAGAGUGGUAUCCCGUACAAUGCACCCCGACGAAGGUUACCAUGAACACGCGGCCACGCUCAUGUUGGUGGCUUUCGGUCAGUUUUUGGACCAUGAUUUCACGCUGAUGGGGACGCCCUCAGACCCGAUAACCAAGAAUGAACCCGAAGAAUGUUGCAACCGACCUCCACACUUGAAAAAUCCUUACUGUAACGAAAUAGUCAUACCGGAUGACGAUUACUUUUUCAAAAAAUUUAAAGUCAAAUGUUUGGAUUUCGUAAGAGCUUUCCCUUCCGUCAGACCAGGAUGUCGUCUAGGUUCAAGAGUACCUUUCAACACUUUAACAGGCGUACUCGACGCUAACACCGUAUACGGUGUCACCGAAGAUUAUGCUAGACAUUUGAGAACCGGUUACCGUGGUUUGUUAAGAAUGAAUCCAGCAUUUUCUGAGUUUGGUUUAAAAGAUUUGCUACCAAUGAGAACUAUAGAUCCCGAUGAAGGGUGCACCAGAGUUAAUCGAUCACAGUUCUGUUUCGACGCAGGCGAAGUACGCGUUAAUGAACAACUCGUAUUGGCAUCCAUGCACACAUUGUGGGCUAGAGAACAUAAUAGAAUAGCCCAGGAGUUGGGUCAGAUUAAUCCACAUUGGGACGACGAAACUGUUUUCCAAGAGAGCAGACGUAUUGUUAUUGCAAAAAUUCAACAUGUAACAUAUAAUGAAUUCUUGCCAACCUUACUCGGAAAGGGAGUCAUGGAAAAGUUUGGACUUCUUCUCCAAAAAGAAGGUUAUUGGGAUGGUUACGAUCCUGAGGUCAAUCCUAAUAUACUUUCUGAGUUUUCAUCAGCCGCCUUUAGAAUUGGACACACGUUUUUACCGAGUUCCGUUGAAAGAUGGAGCAAGGCACACAAGUUUAUUGCAUCAAAAAAAUUAUCCGAUUUGAUUCGUCGACCGUAUGACUUGUAUAGAGCUGGAGUUUUUGAUGAGUACAUAAUGGGAUUGGCAAAUCAAGUUGCCCAGGCCAUGGACGACUCUAUCACUCAAGAAGUAACAAAUAAAUUAUUGAAGAAACCAGGUCAGCAGUUUGGUUUUGAUCUGGUAUCAUUUAAUAUACAAAGAGGACGUGAUUUCGGAUUGCCAGGAUUUAUGGAAUACAGGAAGUUUUGUGGUCUUCCCGCGUCAGAUUCUUUCGACGGGUUAUCUGGAGCCAUGCCAAAUUCGACGGUCAAUAGAUAUUCGACCCUAUACGAUUCGCCGGAUGACGUAGACCUGUGGUCUGGAGGAGUGUCCGAAAAACCAUUGCCAGGAAGCAUGGCUGGUCCUGUAUUCUCUUGUAUAUUGGCCACGCAGUUUAGCUACGCCAGAAGGGGAGAUCGUUUUUGGUACGAAUUGCCAAACCAGCCGUCCUCAUUCACACCAGAACAACUUCACGAGAUUCGUAAAACUAGAUUGGCUCGAGUAAUAUGCGACAACACCGAUUUAAUCGAUACCAUUCAGCUUUGGCCAAUUGUUCUGCCAGAUCACGAAAUAAAUCCUCGGGUGCCUUGUCGAAGUGGAAUAAUCCCUUCGACAGACCUAAGAAAAUGGGCUGACUCACCAGUUUCGGCUUCUCAUGUGGACCCAUUUAUUUUUGAGCAUCCGCCAGUAACAAUAUUUUGAGGAACAACACUUGAAAUAAAAAUAAUCAAAGAAAAUUGGUUUUGAACCAAAUCACUAUUAUCUUAUAGUUGUUGAAACAUCCACGACUUCUUGUUUUUAUUGCUACCAAAAACGAGGUAAAUUCAAAAUAAAACAAAAGAUGGUAUGUAAAUAUUUUUUGAACAUCUGUUUAUUGAGUUAAAUUCAACAUACUAUUAUAAUAUUGAUGAGUAAACAUAUGUUUCGUUUUUUUAAAUGCUUUAAAAUGUUGAUAAAGUUAUACGAUUUUUAUUUUAUUUGUUAUUUUGUUAAAUGUAGAAAUUUGUAUAAUAUUACAAUAUCAUAC